UUAUUUUACCUUACGUAGAUUUUUUUAUUUAUACAGACCAAAAUCACAAUCACAUUGCAGUGAUCAGGGGGCUUUAUGGUCUGUAUAGUGAAGGACAUCCUCUUAAGACCCUUGAUUCAAGUCAGGGGAAGAAAACAAAUAUAUCUAGACAAGUCAACUGCAAAAAAAAUUAAUUAAUUCGUUAAUUUAAAAAAAGAUAUUGCUUCUACAGCAGAUGUUUUGUGAAUCACGGUUUUUACAUAAAGCCUACAAAAUCUCUUCCACUGCGUCCCAGAUACGAACUACAACUCCCCAAUACCGCUGUGCCACACACUCGCUGUUCAUUGGCCACAGCUCAUCCAACCUUCAUCACCCCCGUCUCUCAUUGGCCAGCUACUCCUGUCAAUCAAGCGGAGUGGAUCUAAACCACUCCGCUCCGGAGUUCUUUCUCUGGGGGGCGGGGCUUGACCUCUUCUUCGCCCAUCACGCUUGUUUCCUGGUCGCUGCUAACAACCUGCUGCCUGUAACUUGUCCCGUCCAGCGUCCACUCAUGCACCGACGCUUUCCAGCCGCGGUGUUUCUCGAAAUGCGUGCGAAGAUGAAGCCGUGUCGACGCUGAGCUCAGCCCGACCCUCAGCUCCGUGCCCGGCCGCAUGGUGCUCCGUGUCUCUCCGGCCGCUUUCUGACGCUUGGAGUGUUGCAGUCUGGCCUCCAGCCGCGGCUGCGAAUUAACUUCAAUUCUCAGCGUCGCCUUCGCUCCGAAAUCAUGUUUAUUUUAUAAAGAUGGCGGCGAGGGGGACACUGUAAACUAAAUGACUGUCAGAAACAUCGCCUCCAUUUGUAAUAUGGGCACCAAUGCCUCUGCUCUGGAGAAAGACAUCGGCCCGGAGCAAUUCCCGAUCAAUGAACACUAUUUUGGAUUGGUCAAUUUUGGAAACACGUGUUACUGUAACUCCGUGCUCCAGGCUCUGUACUUCUGCCGGCCGUUCCGGGAGAACGUGCUGGCAUACAAGGCCCAGCAGAAGAAGAAGGAGAACCUGCUCACAUGCCUGGCCGACCUCUUCCACUCCAUUGCUACGCAGAAGAAGAAAGUGGGCGUCAUCCCGCCCAAGAAGUUCAUCUCCCGCCUACGGAAAGAGAACGAUCUGUUCGACAACUACAUGCAACAGGACGCCCACGAAUUCCUCAACUACCUGCUGAACACGGUGGCUGACAUCCUGCAGGAGGAGAAGAAGCAGGAAAAGCAGAACGGACGCCUCAAGAACAACGGCACCACCGUCACCACGGAGGCCGAGACGGAGAACAAGACUGAGCCAACAUGGGUUCACGAUAUCUUCCAAGGCACUCUGACCAAUGAGACCCGCUGCCUCAACUGUGAAACAGUGAGCAGCAAAGAUGAGGAUUUUCUGGAUCUUUCUGUGGACGUGGAGCAGAACACAUCAAUAACACACUGUCUCAGGGACUUCAGUAACACAGAGACUUUGUGCAGUGAAUACAAAUACUACUGUGAGACAUGCUGCAGCAAGCAGGAAGCACAGAAGCGGAUGCGUGUGAAGAAGCUUCCCAUGAUCCUGGCGCUACACCUGAAGAGGUUCAAGUACAUGGAGCAGCUGCACCGCUACACCAAGCUCUCCUAUCGAGUGGUGUUCCCCCUGGAGCUCCGUCUGUUCAACACGUCCGGGGAUGCAGUUAACCUGGAUCGCAUGUACGAUCUCGUGGCUGUGGUGGUUCACUGCGGCAGUGGCCCAAAUAGAGGUCAUUACAUCACCAUAGUGAAGAGCCAUGGCUUCUGGCUGCUGUUUGAUGAUGACAUUGUGGAGAAAAUCGACGCCCAGGCCAUCGAGGAGUUUUACGGUCUUACCUCAGACAUCUCCAAGAACUCUGAGUCGGGAUACAUCCUCUUCUACCAGUCCAGGGAGUGACUGGAGCUGGAUCGGCGACACAGGAGAAGACUGAAUAGGAUUUUUUUUUUUUCUUUUAUUAACCUUCGGCCGAAAUAGACCCAGACUCCUGCCAUCUCCAUCCUCCAUCCUGCUCCCUUUCUCCAGUCAGGCUUCUCUGACGUAUGUGCCAAUCCUCUGUCCCAACCCCGACCUCUGGGUUUACCUGUGCUUCAUAUCUCUCUCUCUCUCUCUCUCUCUCUCUCUCUCUCUCUCUCUCUCUCUCUCUCUCUCUCUCUCUCUCUCUCUCUCUCUCUCUGUGUAAUUUGCUUCUUGCCUUUUAGUCACCUGCAUUUGGACUGCACUUUAAAACAAAAGCAAAAAUGCUCAACAGCAUGACAGAAACAAAAAAAGGAGUCUACAUUGAAGUACGGCCACCGCGCGGUUGGUGUAGACGAGCUGGAGAAGCCUGCAGAGGUGAUUCUCUACCAGGAACGCUAAGAGUCUGGUGCACAUACAGACUGUUUUCAGAAAUUGAACUAUAUCAUUUAUAUGUAUAUAAGGUCUACUUCCAUGAUGUGUCACCCCUCAUUAUUCCUGUCAUUAGGGCUAUUUUCCCCACCACUGUCCAGUCCUUUGAUAUGUUCCCUGUCCCAGGUGGAUGCAUGAGAAGUCAAUGAAGUUGGAGACUGUAUAAUACGCGCAGAGAGAUUUCAUGCAUUUUCCAGUGGAUUUGAAGCAAUAUCUGAGCAUUGAUUAGAGAAUGCACAAGCUGAAAACUACCUAGACUUUAACUGUAACUGUUGACAGUAUGGAGGUUUCGUCCCUCAGAGAAUCGCUCUAGCUGUGUUUCAAUUUAAUUUUCAAGCAAAUUCACAGCAAACCUUUGGAAUGUCGCACAAAAGACAAAAAACGAUGCAACGCAGUCACGUUUCCAUCAUCAGGUUCUUUCAAAAUUCUUUUUCGGGCAAAUUAUAAUUUUUCUUCUUUGUCAUCUUUGCCUUCUUCUGGCACAGAAAUGGCUCUUAUUAUUAUUAUUAUUAUUAUUAUUAUUAUUAUUAUUAUUAUUAUUAUCAUUCUUUUCCCCUGUUCAGAAUGAAACUGCUCUUCUCAUUCUUCUGUCUUUCGUCGUCUUUUCUUCCUUCACUGUGCGAAACAGAAACAGUUCUUCUUAUUCAUUUUCUUUUCCUUCUCCUUAUUCUCCUCCUACCUUUCCUCCCUCUUCUUUUGCAGUAGAAACAGCUCUUUGUCUUUUUCUUCCCCUUGAUUGUGUCACCAUGUCCCGUUAAGGGAGGCAAAAACCAUCUUAUACGAGCUUAAAAACCUGUCGCAAAUGUAACAUUUUUUGAAUUAGUUUUGCCGUCUCCACCAACCUUUUCUAAUGCUCUACUUCAAAUUGCACAUGAACAUAUUUUGAUGGAAACGCGGCCGCUGUCUGCUGUGCAGCUCAUGUUAGUCCAGAUAUGCUCAACACUUCGAUCCAUCUCAGCCAGACGUUCGAACACUACACAUGAAAGGAAAUCCUGCUGUUUUCCUCCGUCAGUCGGAUCUCCAUUCAAAUCAGCCGAAUCUUUAUAAUUUUUUAUUCUGAUAGAAACCCCUAUUUAUUGAAUUUAACAUAUUUAUUACUGUUAUUUGUAAUGCAGACUGUUAGAUCAUGAAGAUGUGUGUGUAAUAUAGCUCUUUUGAGAGCUUUGUAUGUUAUAUCCCUCAUGUGUAAGCUCUCGGUGUGAAGGAACACGGUGUAUGUGAUACACAACUUGAUAGGACAGCUUGAAGGAAGUUGGUUUUAUUAGCAUCAUUUUGUAGUUUGCAUGUUGAAUAUGAAAAGAAGGAUUAACAGGAUGCAAGUGAGACACGACCCAGGACUGCCUGAUCUUAAGAUUGACAUGAAGAGUGAUAACAGUGCAAUAAGGGGCGAGGUUUUCCAGCGUGGAGUUUCCCUGUCAGACUCGUUUAAAGUACAUUUUAAAUGUUGGUAGUUGUGUUUCUUAGCAGCUGAUCUGUUCCCAGUGCUGUGUUUGUGAUAUCAAAAGUAAAUGCCCCCCCUUCACUAUGUGCAAUGUUCCCUACCUGCUGGGAUGCUAGCUGCAACCUUCAUCAACAGUCAUCCUUCGUUUUUUGUAACAAUACUUUGCCUUUUUGUUUAUUUUUCAUUCUCAUGUUGAACUACAGCUUCUUUUUGUUUGAUGGUGUAGAUUGUGUGUCGUAUGUAGCACAUUGGAAUCCCAAAUCCCAUAGCGGUGUAAUUCAAGCUUCAACGUCAACUCAUACAGUGUCCCCCCUGUAGCGUAGAGGUUUUCUUUUUAUUGGCCCUGUUCCCUCUGGGUUUGUGGCCGUGUCCUGUCGAGUAGCGUGACAUCAAACGGCUUGUUUUCAUGUGAAUUACAUUCCUAUUUGCUGCUCAUCAGAGGAAUUACCAUUUCAAAGGCAUCUCAUCAUAAAUAAGAGGUUGGAAUAGGAAUAAUUUUUUGCUAGCUUUGUGUGUGCGUGUGUCUAUUCAGGAGAAGCAGAAUUUGAAAGUGACAUCAGUGAAAGCCGGGGCUGUUGAACGCACUUGUUUCUGCUGUCAUUUAGUCUGUUACCAGGUCACGGGAGGAAUAUGUGCCAAACUGGAGUCGAUACUGAUCUUGCAACAGUCUUUAACAGAACAUUAUUUUCUUUGUAAAGAUACAACUUGUACAUAUAUAUUAUGUAGAAAAAAAAACAAAACACUUCUGGAAAUAGGAAAAUAUUUUUUUAAAGUGAAGAUCUUUAAAAUGUAAAGACACUCAUGGCAAAGAUUUUAGCAUUAACGUUAGCCAUUAAUGAAACCCUGUUCAAGGAAAUGCUGUUAUUUUACAAUCACUCGACUACAUAAUCAAUCACAUUUUGUCACCGUCUUGUCAUUUUAAAUUCCUUUUGCUGGGUUGAACUGAGCCAGGAUAGAAAAACAGUAGCAAGGAACAGUUAGAUCUUUUUUGAGCCGGGUGACGGGAAAUUGACUUGACGCGCCGAUCUUCCAUUAACACUUAUGCACUCGUCCUCACUGAGAUGCUCAGUCGUUGCACUUGGUCUUAUAUAUCUUACUGUGAUAGUGUUCUACCUAGGAGAGCUCAGGUGCAAAGAGUCCUGCACCAGGUGGGAUCUGAUCGAGCUCGUAGGAGGGAAGGAGGAGAUGAACUAGAGUCUCCAUUUGGCUGUAAACUGAAAGUGCACUUUAUUAGUGAUGAGCUUCAAUGCUUUAAGAUGAAGAACCACAGUUUAACACACUCAUUUUGAGGUUGUUUUUUUUUUUAUUUUCUUCUGUUCAAUAAAAUGACUAUCAAUUAA